AACAUGUGAUUGUUAAUUUAGAAAAAAUGGAGCACAUUCUUCUUAUGUAGGAAGGAUUAAGUUGUGAAAUUGAAAUUAGAGCAGUUUUUCUCAAAUUGCUGUAUAAUAUGAGGCUUGUCGCUAACACAAUCUUUUGUUUGGCUUUUCUGUUUGACAAUGUCGUAUCGCAGGAUGACGCUGGAAAAGACUUAGGGGAUGGCGACUUAAAAAUAAUAGGGGGUCAGUAUGCGAGCAAAGGUGAAUUUCCAUACACCGUCGCCCUGAAGAGUCAUGCGAGAUGCGGAGGGACGCUGGUGAAGCUGGAUGCGAUCAUAACGGCCGCAAGUUGUUUUUAUAACGGAGAUCAAAAAGUCGAAGCGUCGACUGUAACGGUAAUAGCGGGUGCUUUGAGCAUCGCGGAUCCAAAAGAGACGGGCUAUCAGGAGUCGAAAUUAGCCCGUUUCAAAACGCACGAAAAAUACACGGGGAAAGGCAGUGGACACGACAUAGCGAUAGGCGCUCUCGAAAAAGCGUUCGUUCAAAGCGCAAAUGUGAAAACUGCGGUCUAUGCUUCGAGUAAACCGGAAGGCCUAAAAGACGCCUUGUACACUAUCAUCGAGGAAGACACUUCUUGCGUCGGAUUGGGCUGGGGCAACACAGGCGCUUUCGUCUCAGAUGAAGUGUCAGGGGGUGCAGAAAGCUUGAAAAUGGUCGAAAUGAGAGUACUUCCUCAACGCGAAUGUCGUACUGCCCCGGGCAUGGAAGCUAACGAGGUUUGCAUCGCGACAAGAAGAUCUGCGGACAAGGGCAUAACUGAUGGCGAUGCUGGCACUACAUUUGCAUGCCAGGGCAAAUUCUUCGGCUUGAACAAAGGGCCUUCCAAAUACAAGAUCGACCAGAAAGAGUACGAAGGUGCCAUCGUCACGGUGAUCUGGCCGUACGUCAAUUAUUUCGGCUUGGAAUUAAAUGUCGCCACUUCUUACUUACACGAACACACAUUUAAUCUCGUCCUGUUUUCAUUUAUUUUCGUCACUACAAUCAAUCGGGUAAUACACUAACAUAAAUGCUUUA